AUGGCUGGGUCUCAGUUGAAAGAGCUGAAAAAAUCGCUAAAGGAGCAAGGAUUUACGGGCCAGACAAAUGUCAAGAAGGGCUCCAAGAAGGGAAACAAACGACAGGCCCGGGAAUAUGAUCGCGACGAAAGAGCACAGCAGAUUUCGAAGAUUCGUGAACAGUUCAGCCCAUUCGAAUUGAAGAUGAACCGUGAUAAAAGGCCCUCUCAAACUGGUAAAAAUACUGCCCACAAAGCGGCAGGCAAACCUGGUAUUUCGAAACAAAUCGGUGAAGAACAACGGUUAGCGGCCCAUGAGGCUCGUGAGCGGCGCAAAAAUAAGCUUGGAGGCGUUAUGGACCGCAGAUUCGGAGAGAAAAAUAAGGAUUUGACCGAGGAGGAAAAAAUGUUAGAGCGUUUCACUCGUGAAAGACAAGCACAAUCGUCGUCCAAAAAAAAAUCGAUCUUCAACCUGGAUGAUGACGAAAACGAAGAUUUUCCGACCGCUGGCAGCGAGGACCUUUACGGUGGUACAUUAACACAUUACGGCAAGUCGCUAGCGGUGGAGGAUGAUUUCGAAGACGGAGAUUUGGGCCUGGACCAAACCAAGAGAUCAGCAUCUGGUUUUGAAGAUGAGGGGCCGGCCAGGAAGAAAACUAAGGCUGAAGUAAUGAAGGAAGUCAUUGCAAAGUCUAAGUUUUAUAAACAAGAACGUCAAAAGGCGAAAGAGAAGCUUGCAGAGGAGAUUGAGGAUGUUGACGAGGAAUUUGACGAUAUUAUGUCGGAACUAGCUGCCAUUCCAAAGCAAAAAACUCAGAGUAUCACUAAAGAGGAUUCUUCCGACAAACAGUACGAUGUUCAAGUUCGGGAACUGGGCCUAGAGAAAAGAGCUGUCCCCGCAGACCGUACCAAGACCCAAGAGGAGAUCGAUCAAGAGAAUUUAGAAAAGCGCCAGAAACUGGAACAAGCACGAAUUCACAGGAUGAGUGGCAUGGAUGGGAUCGGCGAAGAUGACGAUCAAGGAGUAGAAGAUCUAGGCGACGACUUCUGGGUAGGCGAAAAUUCCGAAGAUGAAGGCGAGCAUGUGGAUAAUGGAUUUGAUAUGGAUGACGUUCAACUGCCAGGUGAUGACAGAGGCAAACAUUUGGAAAAUUCGCAAACUGCCGUUUCGUCAAUCGUCCCCUGUCCACAAACUCACGACGACCUCAUGGACUAUCUCGAAAAUCACAAUUUGCAAGAGUAUCCUUCUUUAGUGAAGGGCAUUAUAAGAGCCUAUCAGCCCAGGCUAGCGGCUGGUAACAAGGAAUUAUUAAGCACUUUUACAGGUGUACUACUGAGAUAUAUUCUAUCUCUCUCUGACUCCUACAGCGAUGGAGACGCAAAAGAACUUGGAGAAACGCAGAAUGAACUUAUAACCAUUUUAAAGUCUAUGGCACAGAAAUACAAUGAUUCUUUGUCACUUACAUGUCAAGAAAUUGUGAACGAUAUCCAUUUGAGGUUCAAGAGCCAGCGAUCUCAUGGUUUACUCGUUUCGGAUUUGGUUUUUUUCACUUUAGUUGGCUACAUCUUCUCAACCUCCGACCAUUACCAUUUGGUCGUGACUCCAUGCAACGUUCUCAUGGGAGAGCUAUUAGAGCAAACAAAACUGAACUCGUUUCGAAACGUCGCAUUUGGUGCAAUCUUAGCAAGAAUAUCCCUAACAUACCAACGGCUAGCCGAACGAUUCGUACCAGAACUCGUCUAUUUCUUUGAAAAAGCAUUGCUAACUUUGCUGCCUAUAAGCAAAAAGGACAGACUCUCUAAAGGUCUUUCUGUGAUAAAAUGUGAUUCAAAUGAUCUCAAAGCACCCUCAUCUAUUUCUUUCAAAGAAUCAGAUGAAUGUACUUUAAGCCUUCGUCUUGUAAGUGCCGAAGACGCUCAAGUCACCGAGAAAGACAAAAUUGCACUUGUUUGUAAUAUUUUGGCAUCUGUGGAUGACGCGGUAUCAAAAAUAUGGAAAAACCUGUCUUGUUUGCCCGAACUUGUUGCUACUUUCGAACCUAUCAUGACAGCUUACCGCCAGCACUAUCCCGACCUGAAGCCGUUGAGUACGCUUGCUGAUAAGUUCAAGAGGCUCGAAACACUCAACGAGCACUAUCCUCUGGCUUUACAAAACCAUCGCCCUCUAAGCAUACCGAUGCAUACGCCCAAAUUCGAGGAGAGCUUCAAUCCUGAGAAGAAGUCUUAUGAUCCUGACAGAACAAGAAGCGAGCUCAACAAAAUGAAGGCUCAAUUAAAGAAGGAUCGCAAAUUCACAAUGAAAGAGAUCAGGAAGGACACCAAGUUUGAAGCAAGACAACAGAUUGAUCAGAAAAAGAAGGAGCAUUCAGAUUAUCAUGCCAGAAUGGCCCGCAUUGUCAAUCAAAUAAGUACCGAGGAAGGCGCUGAAAAGAGCAAGUACGAAAGAGAGAAACGACUCAGAAACAGCAAGUAG